AUGAAUUUCAAUGGCAAACAAAUUAAUCAUAUUUAUAAUCGUCUCAAACAAGAUUUACAUAAUUGUGAUGUUAUUUUAACUUCACCAGAGAAUAUAUUAUCCUUCGAUUUGCUUACUAUAGGCAAGUGCCAUCGAAAUGAAUUUGAUGUCGGUCAUUGUAUGUUGACAGUUCAGCGAUGGUUAAAGUCAUUUGCUCGUGAUGUAUUAGAUGAAUCUGAUGAAAUUCUGCAUCCCAAAUAUCAACUGAUUUAUACUGUAGGUAAUCAACAAAACGUUGAUGGAGGUGCAGAAUGUUGGAAUACCAUUCAGACAAUACCUCAUUUAGUCAAAAAACAUGCUGUAUCUAUUUCAAAACAUUUCACAACAAACUCAUCUAUUGAACAAGUAAAUAAUAAGUUUUCACAACAUGAUAUUCAACAAUUUCUUAUUGUUCGUGGUUUGCUAUCAUCAGAAGUUUUAUUAGUUGCUUUGAAAAAACGGUAUCGAGUUAAUUAUGGUGUCACACAGAACUCCUCAUUUCAUCGUUUAAUGGCUGUACCAUUUCAAGCAAAAGAUGUUGCUGCUGACAGAACUGAAUUUGGCCACCCUGACGUUGCAUUAGUAUUAACACAACUUUCAUAUUGUUACUCUGGUUUAAGUGAUUCACAGUUGAUUCAAUGCUUCGAUCGUUUGACUGAAAAAGAAACUGAUCCUAGAUCUAUCUAUGAACAAUGA